CACCUGUCGAUUGAGGCCGACGAACACAAAGGGUUCCGUAUACCAAAGCAGUCCGCCGUGGUGAUCAACCCGUGGUAUGUGGUCAAUAUUUGCCUUGCUGGCGAGGACGUUGAAGAUUACGAGGCUGCAUUUCGACCGGAACGCUUCCUCAAGGAUGGUAAACUAGACCAUAACGCUCAGGAUCCAGCUGCCAUAGUUUUCGGCUAUGGACGAAGGAUUUGUCCGGGUCGCCACUUCGCAGAAGGAUCCAUCUAUGCGGUCGUGUCGGGGAUCCUACACACCAUGUCAAUUGAAGCACCCCUCGACGAGCACACUCAGCCUAUUCGCCUCGCCGACCACGUCAAGAUGACCCACGGUGUCCUCUCAUACCCGGAGCCUUUCGAUUGCAUCAUUAAGCCUCGUUCUCCGGAAGCUGAGAUGCUGAUCCGAACAAGUUUGAGCGAAGACGACGUGACAACCCUCUAA